AUGUCGCGAGGUUUUGUGAAUGAGGAACCAAAAUAUCGGUUUUAGGAAUUUAUAGUUUCGUUCGUCAAAUUUUCUAUUAAAUAUUAGCAGUUAAAGUUUUAAAUUCAACAUCUUUGCGAACCAUGUCUUCACUAAAUGAUUCUAACGAUGCAUAUAACUCAAAUUAUGGAAAUACAACAGGAAUUUCAGGUAACUUGAGGCCGUUUUCUUCGCCCUAUUUGAAUUAUGACCCUGGAUACAUUCCUCAAGCCCAGCCAGAGUUCAUAUUUCUGGAAGGUGCAAGUAAGCAAAGAGGAAGAUUUGAACUAGCUUUUGGACAAAUUGGUGCUUCUUGCAUGAUAGGAGCAACUUUGGGCGGUACAUCAGGAUUUUAUAAUGGAUUGAAAGCGACUACAUUAGCAGGUCAAACUGGAAAAUUAAGGAGAACACAGUUAUUAAAUCACAUUAUGAAGAAAGGAAGUGCCACAGCUAAUACAUUUGGAUCAGUAGCAGUAAUAUAUUCAGCCUUUGGUGUACUUUUAUCUUGGGCAAGAGGGGCUGAUGACGACCUUAAUACAGUUGUUGCUGCCACAGCCACUGGAUGUUUAUAUAAAUCCACAGCUGGUCUGAGAAGGUGUGGCUUGGGCGGAGCAAUAGGUUUCGGAGCAUCAGCCCUUUAUGCUUUAUGGAAUUCAAGAGACAAGUUAUCAAGUUUACAGCAAUUCAACCCAGCGCAAAGGUAGAGGGGUAGAAGUGGAUAGCCACCAUGUUGUUCCUGAUUGCCUACUUAUUAAGAAAUUUACAAUUUUUUAUUGAUUUUUGUCCAAUAAAAAUAUACAUCUUGGUUGAA